AUGAAGGGUCCAGUGAAGGUGGGUGCUCUCUGUGAGCUCUGCCAUUGCAGAAAAGCAGUCAUGAGAAGACCCAAGAAUCUUCAAAAAUUAUGUAAGGUGUGUUUCAUAGCUGUCUUUGAGGAGGAGAUCCACAACACGAUAACGCGGGAGAAGCUAUUCCAUAGAGGUGAGAGUGUUGCCAUCGGUGCUUCCGGUGGAAAGGACUCGACGGUGUUGGCGGCGGUGAUGAAAACACUAAAUGAGAGAUAUGACUACGGACUACAUUUGGUACUUUUGAGUAUAGAUGAAGGAAUAGUGGGGUACAGGGACGAUAGUUUGGCCACCGUGAAGCGCAACCGUGCACAGUACGGCAUGCCGCUUGAGAUCGUGUCGUACAAGCAGCUUUACGACUGGACGAUGGACGAAAUAGUGGCCUGCACCGGCAUAAAAUCGUCUUGUACGUACUGUGGAGUUUUCCGGCGGCAAGCCUUGGAUAGAGGGGCCUUAAAACUCGGAAUCCACCACAUAGUGACCGGCCACAAUGCAGACGAUAUGGCGGAGACUGUGUUGCUCAAUCUAUUACGCGGAGAUACCGCGAGAAUCGAGCGAUCGGUGAGUAUCAGCACAAAUUCGACCGGAUCUCCUGUUAAGCGGUCCAAGCCUUUCAAGUACACUUAUGAGAAGGAAAUAGUGUUGUAUGCACACUACAGGAAGCUCGACUACUUCAGCACGGAGUGCACAUACUCGCCACAGGCCUUCAGGGGCACAGCCCGGACGCUUCUUAAGAAUUUAGAAUCUAUUAGGCCGUCUUCGAUUCUAGAUAUAAUACGAAGCGGGGAGCAGUUCAGGCUGAAGCCAAGGGGCAAAAAGAGGAAUGCGAACAGGGAGAUGGAGGUUCGUGCAGACGGGUCGGUAUCUCUAGGAAAUAGGGAUGGGAACAGGUGUGAGAGAUGCGGAUAUUUAUCAACAAACCGGAUAUGUAAGGCAUGCAUUCUUCUUGAAGGUUUAAAUAAAAGCCGGGCGAAGGUCCGGGUUGAAGGCAUGGAGGAAAAGGGGAAUGCGGCGGUAACGAAAAAGUUGGAAAGACUAACAUUUUAA